UGCCUGCUCUUCCCGGGGCUCACUUGAUCCGGCGGGGCUUCCCCUCACUGCACUCUAGACACCUUAGACCAAAGAGCUGUCGAUGGGGUCUGAGCUCAUCUUGAGAGCGCCCCCCAGAGAAGUCCCUGAGAAAGGAGAGCGCUCUGCUUUCCACUUGUCUUUAGCUACACAAGACACGGAGCACCUGCCCGCUUAAAGUCAGGGUUGCCUGCUCCAAAGCCACCGUGGGGGCCCGCAGGAAAAUGCAGGCCCAGAUCGGAGGCCCGCGGGUGCUCAGCGCCUUCACGACGGAGGUAGGUGGCGAGGAAAGCUAAUGGUAGUAGAGUCGUUGGCUUUGUGUUGAGGGAGUAGAGAGCACUCUUCAAGGAGAGGGUUGAGAUCUUAAAAAGCAAAUAAAACAACUUUCCAUACUAUAAUUGCUAUUAAUGGAAAGGAGCCUACGCUGAAUUAAGUAGUUCAAAACUGCUUGUUCAUUAUCGGGAGCUCCCUCACUACAAGGAGGGGAAAGAAAACGUGAAAACAAAAACCAAAAUCAAGAAGCCUCCUUGACUGGCCGCCGAAGUGUCUAGGAGGCACCUGCCGGGCCAGGAAGCGCUCCGCCCUCCCAGCCUCUAGCGCGCCAAGGAAUCUCAAACAGCAGACAAGCAAAGCAAAAACAAAAACAAACAACAACGAAAACGCUUAAUUUCCAAGGAGAAAAAUCGGAGGUGGUUUCCAAAUCCGUGUCAUGCAGGGCUUGGCUGGGUAGCCCACUCAGCUGCUGAUCCCGGCCUGGUAACAGCCAUGAGGCUGACGCCCCCGGCUCCGCUAGGGAGCACAGCCCACAGCUCCCCCUUGCCAGGCGCCCAAGGACCCUCAAGGCGCGGGGCUCACACUUGAAGCCUGGGAACGCUCAGACAGGAAACCCACUUCCUCCUAAGCAGUUUCUUCCUAGCCGGAUGAGAGGCGCCCAAUUGAAGCAGAGUGAUCCUCAUCUACUAAUAUCCAGCGUGGCCACAAAGCGACCGGCCAUUUACGCCGCCACUUUAGACAAAGAUAUUUGGUUAUUCCCGGGGAAGCGAGUGCGCUUUUGCGUGGCCGAGCUCCGGGAGGAGGCGAGCCUCAGCCCAGCCUCCCGCCCGCUGGGUUGCGGCCGUCGAGAUAUUCGCCUCCUCCGGGACAGCGAGUUCCACCGGGGUUCAGACUCAGUUCCACUCUGCAACGGACCCGCGGGCGCUCACGCGGCUCCCUGGCCCGGCUCUCCCUGAAGCACCCGCAGGGAAAGCAGCGGGGAUCUGGGCUGGGGGUACUGGGACUGGGAUGUCCUCGGAAAGUCAGCGCCAGCUUCAGAAGCCGGAGCAGCAUCCAGGCCAUGGGCAAGGGUCAGGGGCACCAGACUCGCACACUCUUUUGGUGGUGACUGGGGCUCGGCGCCGCGAAGCCCGAUGUGGUCCGGAGCCGGUGGGAAGGCGCGGGGCUGGGAGGCCGCAGCGGGAGGGAGGAGCAGCCCCGGCAGGCUCAGCCGACGCCGAAUCAUGUCGAUGAGUCCAAAGCACACGACUCCGUUCUCAGUGUCUGACAUCUUGAGUCCCCUGGAGGAAAGCUACAAGAAAGUGGGCAUGGAGGGCGGCGGCCUCGGGGCUCCGCUAGCAGCGUACAGACAGGGCCAGGCGGCCCCGCCGGCCGCGGCCAUGCAGCAGCACGCCGUGGGGCACCACGGCGCCGUCACCGCCGCCUACCACAUGACGGCGGCGGGGGUGCCCCAGCUCUCGCACUCCGCCGUGGGGGGCUACUGCAACGGCAACCUGGGCAACAUGAGCGAGCUGCCGCCUUACCAGGACACCAUGCGGAACAGCGCUUCGGGCCCCGGAUGGUACGGCGCCAACCCAGACCCGCGCUUCCCCGCCAUCUCCCGCUUCAUGGGCCCGGCGAGCGGCAUGAAUAUGAGCGGCAUGGGCGGCCUGGGCUCGCUGGGGGACGUGAGCAAGAACAUGGCCCCGCUGCCUAGUGCGCCCCGCCGGAAGCGCCGGGUGCUCUUCUCCCAGGCGCAGGUGUACGAGCUGGAGCGACGCUUCAAGCAACAGAAGUACCUGUCGGCGCCCGAGCGCGAGCACCUGGCCAGCAUGAUCCACCUGACACCCACGCAGGUCAAGAUCUGGUUCCAGAACCACCGCUACAAGAUGAAGCGCCAGGCCAAGGACAAGGCGGCGCAGCAGCAGCUGCAGCAGGACAGCGGCGGCGGCGGCGGCGGAGGCGGCGGCGGAGGCGGCGGGGGCGCCGGAUGCCCACAGCAGCAGCAAGCUCAGCAGCAGUCGCCGCGCCGGGUGGCCGUGCCGGUCCUGGUGAAAGACGGCAAACCGUGCCAGGCGGGCGCCCAGGCGCCGGGCGCCGCCAGCCUCCAAGGCCACGCGCAGCAGCAAGCUCAGCAGCAGGCGCAGGCGGCGCAGGCGGCGGCCGCGGCCAUCUCGGUGGGCAGCGGUGGCGCGGGGCUAGGCGCACACCCAGGCCACCAGCCGGGCAGCGCGGGCCAGUCCCCGGACCUGGCGCACCACGCAGCAAGCCCCGCAGCGCUGCAGGGCCAGGUCUCCAGCCUAUCCCAUCUGAACUCCUCGGGCUCGGACUAUGGCGCCAUGUCCUGCUCUACCUUGCUUUACGGUCGGACCUGGUGAGACGCGGGACCCGCCAGAGCCCCGCGCGGCCUCACCGCUUUCGCCUCUGCCCGCCCGCAAAGACCACCAUUCGCCCGCUGCUCCACGCGCUUCGACUUUUCUUAAGAACCUGUUUGUGUUUAGACCAAGGAAAAAGUACACAAAGACCAAACUGCUGGACGCCUUCUUCUCCCUCCUCCUCUCCCUCCUCCUCUCCCUCUUCUUCUUCUUCUUCUUCUUCUUCUUCUUCUUCUUCUUCUUCUUCUUCUUCUUCUUCUUCUUCUUCUUCUUCUUCUUCUUCUUCUUCUCUCCUCCUCCUUCUUCUUCUCCUCCUUCUCCUUAAUUUUCUUCCUCAUCAUCUUCGCCUCCGUCUUCUCUUCUUCUUCUCUUUCUCCUUCUCCUCUCCCACUCUUUCUUCCUCCAUCCUCUCUUCUUCCUUUUCUAUUUUCUACCUAAAACUUGUGGAUUAUUUUUAACAUUAAAAAAAUAGAAACAACCAAGCAAAUACAACCCCUUAUGGAUUCUUUAAACAGAGAAGGACAUAGAACAAACACGGGGUGUCUUUCUGGUGGUUCAAAUGGGUUCCCAAGCUUGGUCCGGACACUGUUUCGGAGCCUGCUCUGAACUACCAUGGCCCUGAACUCUAAAGACGGAAAACUUCCCUCUGGAUGCACUCUGCCAGCGAAGCGGACUUGCUUGUAAAUACCAGGAUAUUUUUUCCCCCCAGAAGGGAGGACAGGAGCUGGAGAGGGGAAAGAUCCUUCUGCAUAACCCACUUGUACCCGUCACAAAGGAAGUGCCCCCUCCCCGGCGCCUUCUGGCCCUAUAGGUUCAGUCCAGGCUGGCCCUUCAGAAAUUGUUUUAGGUUUGAUGUGAACAUGUAGCUGUAAAAUGCUGUCAAAAGUUGGACUAAAUGCCUAGUUUUUAGUAAUCUGUACAUUAUAUUGUAAAAAGAAACCCAGUCCCGGUCCCCGGCCCCUGACUUUUUUUAAAGGGCAUUGACAAACCUGUGCAUAUUAUCUGACAGUUUGGUACUCGCAGCCUCAGUCUCUUUUUCUGUUGUAACUUAUGUAGAUAUUUGGCUUAAAUAUAGUUCCUAAGAAGCUUCUAAUAAAUUAUACGAAUUAAAAAGAUGCCUUUUCUGAUUAAAACCCUU